AUGUCUUCGGCCGUCAAAUCCGUGGCGGAAAUACCCACCGUCUCCCAGCUGUACCGCAGAGGAGAGCUCAAGCUUUCAACAGAAGAAGACCUGCCCACCCCUGACCAACAGCUUAACAACAAGGUCUGCACUUACAAGGGCGAUAUCACCAAGCUCGAAUGUGAUGCGAUUGUAAAUGCUGCAAAUAGUAGUCUCCUUGGCGGAGGUGGCGUUGACGGAGCUAUCCACAGGGCUGCCGGUCCCAGUCUUCUUCGAGAAUGCAGAACCCUGAAUGGUUGUGAGACCGGCUUUGCGAAGAUAACAGAUGCAUACAAUUUGCCCUGCAAGAAAGUCAUCCACGCAGUCGGUCCGGUCUACGACAGCAUCAAGGAGUCCGAACCUCUCCUUCGCAGCGCGUACCGCACGUGUCUCAAGCUUGCCGUGGACAAUGACUGCAAAACCAUUGCCUUCCCUGCCAUUUCGACAGGAGUCUACGGCUAUCCCAGCAAGGCUGCAGCACGAGCUGCUUCCAAGGAGGUCUACACCUUUCUAAGAAAACUAGAAGGCCGCAAGCUGGACAAAGUUGUCUUCUGCAACUUCUUGGACAAGGAUGUCAGUGCUUACGCUGAGUGUCUCCCGAUUGUCUUUCCCCCAACCGAAGAUGACCUGUCCCAUACAGACCCGCCCAACGAAAGCUUAUGA